AUGCUCAUUUUGAAAACAAGUAAGUUGAAAAAUGUCAGAUAAUGUGGGAAAUUUUUUCAAAUGGAAUUAAAUUUUUAGGUUUUAUUCUUGUGUUCAUUUUACUGCUUGAUUAUAUAAAUUGUAUAAGAAACCAAAAAAAUCAAUAUUAUUUGGAAAAAUUGAGCGGAUCAGAAAUAACUGAAAAUGAAAAAAGAGAAAAACGAGAUGUAUUCAAUGAUGUUUCAAAUUAUUGGAAUAAAGUGAAAGAUAUUGUUGAAGAUAUAAAAGAUCGGAAGAAGAAAUUCGAUCAAUUUCGGGCAGAUUUCCCAAAAUAUAUGGAACAUCUCAAAAAUUUGAUCAUUUUUCUCAUCGCAGUUUUUGUUUUUAUCAUUACAAUAUUCUGUUGUUGUGGUUGUUGUUGCAGAAUAUUUUUGUGGAGAAUGAUAUGCGGAUGUUUCCAAACAUCAAACAGAAAACACAAUGAAAAUGAACUGCCUGUUCUGAUGAAUCAAACAAAUUCUAUUACAAAACUAUGGGGUUUGGAUAUAAAAUUGAAUGGAAUUCCUGUAAGAGUUUUGUUGGACACUGGAAGCAGUAUAUCAAUAAUUUCAAAAUCAAGAAUGAUGCAAUUGAAUGGAAUAUUGUUGAAUGAGAAAACGAUGGAUGGAAUUGUGGCAAAUCGAACAAAAAUGUCAUUUCUAGGAACAACUAUGAUGCAAAUGAGUUUUAAUGGUGUGAGAAGUUAUCCACACAAAUUCCGAGUUGUGGAUGAUUCAAAAAUCACAAAUUCUAUCAUCUUUGGACUUGAUUCUUUGAUUCAACUUGGUUUUCAAAUCAAUUUUCGCAAUAAAAAAGUAUCCAUCAAAAAUCAUAAUUAUCCAGUUCGAGAUCUUGUUUAG